AUGGCUAUGCCAGCCACUGGCCGUGCCGCAGAAGUCCUUGAGCUGCUGCUUCAGUGCCGCAAGGGAGUGAAGCUCCUGGCCGAAGAAAACACGCUCCUUCGGGAGCAGCUCGGCCUGAGCGAGGAAGUGUAUGAGGACUCCGUGGUGAACGAUCUGAAAGACAGUGAGCAGGACCCGGACAUGGUCACGUCGAUGCGUUCCUCGUCCGCACGGCCCUCGAUGGUCUCAGUGGUGAAUUAUGCAAAUCCGACCUUGGCGAAGAGCAACUCCAGCGUGCUCUUGCAUGAAUCCAUGGGUCGCAACUCUAUGCAUGACCCAGGAACGUCCUCACCAGCACCAGAACGGCAAAAGUACACCAUUUCGCCGCUGUGGAAGAAGGGAUCCAUGCACAACGUGAAAGCCGAGUCUGUGGAGAUAGAAGAUGAUCCCGGGAUCGCCUCCCCGCAACUCCGAAUCAACGUGAAGAGCGCGGCGACAGUGCUCAGGUGUCCAUCUUUGCCACUGAGCCCCAACAGCGUGCCAAAGCUGACUUGGGACAUGGCUGGCCUUAUUCUGAUCUGCUGGGAUGUAUUCUACAUCCCUCUCAGUGUGCUGGAUCUGACUCCGGUCCCUUUCACUAUCUUCAUGGACUACUUCACCUUGAUCUUCUGGACCCUUGACAUGCUCAUGUCGUCUGUGAGCGGUUUCUAUAUCCGGGGCGACCUCGAGAUGAGCAUGCGCAAGAUCUGGGUGCAUUAUUUGACGACGUGGUUCCUGGUCGACCUGAUCGUGGUGGUACCUGACUGGAUCACGACAAUAACUUCAUCGGGUGAAGACAUGGCCCAGAAUCUAAAGAUCUUCCGGGCCUUUCGGGCGCUUCGCAUCCUGCGGCUGCUGCGUCUGUUGAAGCUCCAGCGCAUCGUAAACAUUGCCUACGACUUCAUCAGCAGCGAAUAUGCUUUCAUUAUGAUUGGCAUGCUCCGACUCGUGGUUUUCAUCAUUGUCCUGAACCACGUGAUCGCUUGCUGCUGGUUCCUCACAGGGAAAAUGUCUCACGACACAGGCCUGGAGCGCAGUUGGCUGACAGACACACCGAACGGCAAUAUGCUCGGCGAGGAUAAGCUGUAUUGGUAUACCACCUCCCUGCACUGGAGCUUGACACAGUUCACGCCGGCAUCCAUGGAAGUAUCAGCGAGGAAUGUUCCGGAGAGGAUCCUCUCCAUUGCGGUUCUCUUCUUCGCACUCAUCACGUUUUCCUCCUUUGUUGGCAGCAUCACAACUUCCAUGACUGCCCUUCGAAGCAUGCGUGCGGACACGAAGAAGCAGUUUUGGAUGCUCCGGCGUUACCUGAACUCCAAGAAGAUUUCGUAUGCUACACGUUCGAGAAUCAUCAAGUUCCUGGAGUUCCAGUCAGCGAAGAGACAGGCCGAAGUCAGUCAAGAGAGCAUCGAGAUCCUGGACAUGUUGUCCGUCCCCUUGCAGAACCUGCUCCAGUACGAGCUGCGGAAGCAGUACAUGGAGGCUCAUCCUUUCUUCGCCUACCUUCAGGAACAUAUGCGUCCGGUGAUGAUUCGACUCUGUUCUCGGGUGCUGAAGUUCGUGCCAUUUGCUCCCGAGGAUGUGGUCUUCCGUUCCGGGGAAGAGUCCACAGCCAUGUACGUCGUGCAGUCGGGAGACGUGGAGUACCAUGCCAAGACUGGGCCGCAGGCUCCCUGCGAAAAGCACGGAAUUCGCAGUUGA